AUGAUGCUCUCCAAUCACUUGAUGGCUUUGACAGCCGUUAUUGGGCUCGCCCGUGCUGUUCUUCCCGCCAGAGCCGCCAUUCCCACCAAAGUCAACGGGGCGGACUACAACAAGCCCAAUGCCGGCCCACCAGCGGCUUGGUUUUCAGGUGACUCUUCGCUGCCAGUAUCAAAGGUAGCCGCAGCCGCCGCCAAGGCCUCGAAGGUACCGAAAGAUGCGUCCUAUGUUCUCUCAGAGGGGUCUUCGAAGAAGGCAACCAUCCACAGCGACUGGGCUGGAUUUUCCAAGGGAGCUGCCUAUGUUUUCGUUGCCGACAUGGACGUAGACUGUGAUGGACUCGAUUACAAAUGCGAGGGAAACCCUGACGGCCAGGACGAGACGAAUUUUGGAGCCCUCGCGGCCUAUGAGGUGCCAUUUGUUGUUAUUCCAGACAAGUUUGCAAGUGAGCAUUCUAGCGAACUUGCCGGGAACAACCUCGUCGCAGUAAUUUGCGGAGGCAAGCUCUAUUACGGCGUCUUUGGUGAUACGGACGGCGACUCGCCCGAAGAGAUUGGUGAAGCUUCAUGGUUGAUGGCUAGAACUUGUUUUCCAUCUGAGGGCCUGAAUGGCAACAAUGGACAUACGCCUGCAGACGUUACUUACAUCUUCUUCACGGGCGAAAAUUCGGUUCUUCCUAACAGCGCCAUUGGCAACAACUACGUUACCAACUUUGCUGCGCUCAAGAGCCUGGGCGACCAGUUGAUGAAAGAUCUUGUUGGAAACUUGGGCCUCUAA